AUGCACGCAGCAGACGCGGCACCCACACCACGGCGUGCCGCCAUGCCGCCGUUGCUGCUGCAGCACGUCGUGCCGCGCUCGCCUGAAAACGCCUACCGUCAUACCGUCACCAAUCGGUUACCGCGACCAUCAGUCACCAUCGUGCCCGGCUGCCAUCAGUGCCACGGGCGACUUCACUGUGCCAAUGGCGACCAUCAGUGCCACGGGCUACCAUCAGUGCCACGGGCGACCAUCAGUGCCACGGCUACCAUCAGUGCCACGCCAUCAGCGGCGACCAUCAGUGCCACGGGCGACCAUCAGUGCCACGGGCGACCAUCAGUGCCACGGGCUACCAUCAGUGCCACGGGCGACCAUCAGUGCCACGGGCGACCAUCAGUGCCACGGGCGACCAUCAGUGCCAGAACGACAAUCAGUGCCACGAACGACAAUCAGUGCCACGGGCGACCAUCAGUGCCACGGGCUACCAUCAGUGCCACGGGCUACCAUCAGUGCCAUGAGCGACCAUCAGUGCCACGGGCGACCAUCAAGUGCCACGGCUACCAUGCCGGGCGACCAUCAGUGCCACGGCGACCAUCAGUGCCACGGGCACCAUCGCAGAACGACAAUCAGUGCCACACGGGCUACCAUCAGUGCCACGGGCUACCAUCAGUGCCACGGGCUACCAUCAGUGCCACGCUACCAUCAGUGCCACGGGCUACCAUCAGUGCCACGGGCACCAUCAGUGCCACGGGCUACCAUCAGUGCCACGGGCUACCUUUAAAGUUCUCACACACACUCACGCGGAGGGUGACUUUAAUCCACGCCUACUACAGGAGAGACAGAGGUGGGCCAGGUGCCACGUCUGUUGACUGCCACUACCCCAGACGACCACAGACUUAA